AUGGCCGGCUCCGGUAAAUCUCAAAAGGGUCGUGGCGGUAUAAGCGACGGGAUGGGGUCGUCGUAUGGAAGAGCUUCAUCUCACAGCUCAAACAGUACUACCCCGACUUCAAAUCGCCGGCCCCUUCCUAUUCAAUACGCUCACAGUCAGAGCCCUAUUCUGGAGACAAUCCCACCGCGUGGCUCAACUCUUGCUCCACAGCAGUCGCCGCGUGGCUCGGCUUCACACCCACAGCCAAUCCGUCCCCAACCGCUUCGUCCACCGCCGUACGUUCCACCACAGUGGACUCCACCGCCUGUCGGUCUAGAGACAGACGCUGAACCAACGGGGCACCAAUUCCCGGAACAGCCUCAACCACCACCUCAUCAAGAUCUACCGAUGAGUAUCCAUGACUUGCUGCGAACACCAGGUCGUGCAGAUUAUUUACCCAUCUUGGACCCUCUUCCAACCGCAACCACAAUAUGGUAA